ACGGCCAAUCACUUUCUCAGAAGCUAUCCAAUAACGAGUAGGGUUAACACGAGGCGAGCUUGGUGAACACCACACGUCCGAGUUCACUAUCUCUAUAGCUCUCGUGUCUUGCUGAGUAAAGUGUUGCAAGCUAUAAAUUUAGUCUCCUGUCUGAACAUAAGACUAGAGGAGGAUGUCUGGCGCUAACGGUGCAAAAAAACUUCUUCAACAAGUGUUAUCAGUAGUGGUGGAGUCAGGGGGCUAUGAUGCACAAUUGUCUAAGCUGUGUCUGGUGUCAGCUGGUCAGGGACGCUGUGUAGCCAAAGUGAAGAUAGAAAAGGAACACACCAAUCGAGGAGGGAAUCUCCAUGGGGGCUUCACUGCCACACUGGUUGAUGCAGUGUCUACUUUGGCCCUCAUGACCACCGAACAGGGCGCUCCAGGUGUCUCUGUUAAUAUAAACGUGUCAUACAUGAAGGGUGCUAAAACUGGAGAAGAAAUUCUCAUCAAUGCUGAGACGCUUAGGGUGGGCAAGACAAUGGCCUUCUUGGAUGUUGAUAUAAUUAACAAAGAAACAGGAGACCUGGUGGCCAAGGGCAGCCACACCAAAUUUAUUGGAUGAAGUUAAAAUAAUAGAAAACAAACAAAUAAGAAGAAAAUUUAACCACACAUGGCCAGCGGGAGAUAGAAAAGAGCAGUGAGAUACAUGGUGAUGGUGAGGGCAGUUAUAUUGGCCUUCCAGGUCUUUGUGAUCCCUAAAUGACCUCAAACUAAUCAAG